AUGGAUCGUUUACUGUUGGUGCUUCUAAGCAGCGCUAGUUUACUGCUUACAGUGUACGGAAUACAACACCACAUUGUGACCAAAAGCUGGUCCGAAGCACAGUCUGACUGUCUCCAGUAUCUACGCGUCGAAUCACCCGGACGAUACCUUUCCCAUCGAUACCGGGACAAUCAAACGUCGAAGCAACUGAUCUUCUGCAUCAUGCUCAACCUGCGCAUCUACGAUCCAACCCAGAACGUGUUGAGACUGGAAGCGUUGGGACAAUUUUUCCACCCUGACAAAACUGACACACUGUACGUCAAUCGAACGAAUGCGUGUUUGCUGAGAGUGAAAGUUCCACCGCUUGUGGAUAGUUCCGAGGAUAGCCAGCCGUAUAGUGGGGUGAUGGGAACACUGUACGAGGUAUUUCGAUGUUUCUAUCACUGCUACGGUAAUAUCAACGCUAAUGCUCCGAAACUGCCCCCAACUGUACUGGAGCUGGAACAGAUACAGCAAGAGUGUGCUCGUAUCGUCGGUGUUUCGGAACGGUUGUUCGAUGGUGGUUUACAGCUGAGCAGCCAUCCACGCAACUCGCCAUAG